AUGGCGCCAGUGCUUGCAGCACGUCCAAUGAAUGGCUUUGAGCCGCCGCCAUCAUCCAUAUUGGCAACCCAUAUUGUUCAUGGAAAUGGCGUGCCAGAUCUCGAUCGUGACAAUUUCAAACAACUCUUGGCCGAAGUCCUCAGCACCGAUGAACAAGGUCAACCGAACCUUGGUGGAGACGUCUCUGUCAACCACAGACUGAUCUGCAUCAUUUUUCAGGUUGGUAUCGAACCCAGUCUUGAAGAGAAUCCCUUCAAGUCCAAUGCUGGCGCAGGUAGGAUUGAUGCGCAGUUGCUGAAUUGCCUCGAGGUAAUUCAGCUUGUUAUCGAGAGGUCACCCCAAGUCAUUGCCGUGAAGUCGGACCAACGUCAAGAUGACCCUGACUGGACGCCUCCGCUGUAUACAUGGCUAUUUCCAAGGCUUCUACCCCUGCUCGUCUCUUCUCAUUCGGUCCAGAUUCGGGACGGUGUUUCUGCAAUCUACGAUGCGAUGCUACAUGCAAGUAUGAAAUCUGCAAGAUCAAACCAGAGUGAAGGUUUACUCGAGUACUUCAGAAUAUCAUUGUUAGGCAUCCUUCGGCUUGGUACCUCCUCGAGCUCGGUAUCUCGCCGGCCGCUUGUCAUUGACGGUGAGGACUUUGGAACAACUGUGCCCAAUUGUUCACACGACAAGACCAUCUUCUCGAAAAGCUUCAGCUUCGCCAAUUGUCACGAGCUGUUGUUGUCCUUAUGUCGUGUAGUGAAAGUCAUCGCAAAGUACUCCGAUUCAAAGCUCGGUAGGAUUCAGUAUAAAAAAGCGAUCAUGCAUAUCCAAAGAGUCGUUGAUGAUGUUGCGAAUGAACACGUUACCGACGAUCAACUUGCAGAACUUUCACUUGAACUGGGUGCUCUCAACAUUCUGCCUGCGAGACUGUCGGAGCAAGCUGCCACUCAAGUCUUGGACGAAAGCUGGCCCGAGACGACCAGGGCUCGAAAACGACUACGACUAUCAACUGACGAGGAAGAUGGAUUGCCGGGUCUAGACUACCGUCAAGAUAUUUGUCGCCGGCUUACCGGACAAAUGAGCGGCCGUGCCGUUCCUGACCUUGAUGGCUUCAGUCAGAGGGCGACUGCCAGCUUCCGAGAAAUGGCACCAGAUAAACAAUGUGCGAUUAUCGAGCUCAUGGGAAUAACGGCCUGCAAACUGUCGUCCAUUUCUCAGGAUAGCACAUGCCACAUAUGCGAUGCUGAUGAAUCCAAUUCCGUAAUGUUGGAUAUUCCUUUCGCUGAAGAAAGUGAAGAGUUAUUGAAGACAUUACUCCUGCUGAUUCCGAAUAUCACUCGUCAUUCCAAAGCGAGAAUAAUAGCUAUGGCAGCUUUGCGGCGGAUUAUUACCCACUACACGUCCGCAGAAAAUCUCAGACUCAGUCAAACUGCAGCUGGGGAGUGGUGUUUACAAUCACUCAAGAGUUCAUCGAGGGAUCUGCGGCUCGCAGCGACCAGGACUCUGCAAACUUAUGUUGUCUCGAAGAAAAAUGUUGACACGACAAUGAUUCGAGAUAACCGAAUUGCCGCACUCGACUUCCUUCAAAACUUGUGGCAGAAAGGGGAAGUAGCUUUGCAAGAGACCACAGUAUUAGCGCUCACUCUGAUGGCUCGGGUUGUUGGUGAUGAGGAAUUGAAUAUCAUCUUGGUGAGACUCGUCGAAUAUCUUGGCCACACAAAUCCCUACAUCAGUGGUGUUGUAUUUGCAGAAAUCCAGCAGCUUGCUCAGGCAAUGCAGGUUACCGUGUGGCCUCUACUGCGGCCUUUCUGGCGUACCCUAGGUGUCGUGCUUGCGAAGUCAAUCUCUAGCAGGCCUCAAGUUGCACACCAACUAUGUGACCUUUUGGGUAUGGACUUGUCGGGUCUCAUGAAUCAUGCAGCAGAAUACGCUCUCCCAUAUCUGGUUCUUCAUAAAGACCACGAGACGAUAAGACGCUUCGCCGAAGCUCAUGGCCAAUCUACCACUGUCUUUGAAAUGUGCACACUCGAUAAGAAUCUUACAGCCAUUCUCUCAUAUCUUCUCGUUCAACCAUUUCCGGAUCCGGAGCAAGCAAUCCUCAAAAUAUUGACUGAGCUUGCGGAAGAGUUCGGGAAGACUGAUCUUGCAACUUGGAUUGCACACGACCCCAUACACAUCUCGUGUGAGCUUCUCAAGGCAAUCGGAGACAGUGGUCAGGGCAAGUCCUCACGCAUCUAUCAGGCCUUACAAUUGCUCGCACAGUUGGUUGCUCGCCAACGUGGGCAGUCCUCUGGCACUAAACGCGGCGACAGCAUUGGCACUUUUCUCGAGAUUAAUGUUCUGGCAAUUGUUACUCAUUUCACAGUCCUAUUAAAUGACCUCGAGGCAAAAGAGCCCAAGCUUGAGAAACGGCGUUGCCUGUCUGCUUUGGGAGAGAUUAUGAAACUUGGCAGAAGUCGAGUCACGCGUGCGUUACCACAAAUAUGUGCAUGUUUGCGAUCUGGCCUGGACGACACAGACUUGUGCAAUGCAUCAUUCGCGUCUUGGGUAGCCAUGAUCAGAGCUUUGAAGACGGAUGACAUUGCGCCUCUGGUUGAUCAGACAAUCGCCAUCAUUGUUCAAACAUGGUAUUUACUGGACGAUGCUUCCCAAAAAUUAUCUUAUGAUAUAGUCGGAGAACUGUUGAAAACACAUACCGAAGCUAUACGUGAGAACUUCGAGACAAUUCCUUCUCUCUCCACAAUCCCAGUCAUGGCCAAGUACGAAACAGAAAUUGGUUCGCUGAAACGUCAAAUGGACGAACGUCACCAACUCAUUGCAUAUACCAAAAGACUCGGGGAUGAGAAUGUAAGUGUUGUUGAACAGGCACUGGUGGAAUUGUCGCCUCUCUUGAGAGAAAAACAGGAUUUCUUACAGCGCUCUAUACUCCAGGAGCAGGCCGAUGAUUUCGUCACGCACCUUACCAGAGCUUUGCUAGAUGCAUGUAUCAAGUUUAACACUAGUACUCGCAUCACAACAUUGUGUGGUAAAUGUUUGGGUAGCAUUGGUUGCCUGGAUACGAGCAAAACCGAAAGUAUCCGGGAGCGCCAGACCAUGGUUGUCCUAUCGAAUUUUUCAGCUGCCAAUGAAGUUAUACAGUGGAUGUUCCUCUUUCUGCAGAGUGUGCUCGUCCCAGCCUUCUUAUCGGCAACCACAACAAGAGCUCAAGGUUUUCUCGGAUGGGCGAUGCAAGAAUUUCUCAAAUGUUGCGAGCAAGAGAGUCCGUCAAAAUCCAGAUCCGGCAAUCUCGCCUCACAAUUGUGGGAAGAUCUGCCGGAAUCAACGAAGAAUACGUUGACUCCAUUCUUGAGCACUAAAUAUACAGUGCAAAAGGUUCAACCUCAUCCCAAGGGACAAUAUCCGUUCUUCAAAACCGGCAUGAAACAUCGAGACUGGCUACGAACCAUCACAUUGGAUUUUCUACACCGGGGAUUGGGUGAAAAUGCCGACAUUGUUUUCGGCAUCUCUUGCAGAAUCAUUCACGGUCAAGACACAGCCAUACCUGCGUUCUUACUACCAUACGCUGCUGUAAACCUUAUAGUCAGUGGGGUUGACAGUGACAGUAGAGAGAUUAUUGAGGAGAUCAACUCUAUACUCAAUCAUUCUCUAGAAGGCCAAGACCGCCGAGUUCAAGAUGAUAUCAAGCUCUGCAGUCAAACGGUAUUCGAGAUGCUGGACUAUAUGUCGAGUUGGCACCAGAAGAAGAGGAAACAACACUCUCACACCGCUAUCCGAGCGGAGCGUGGGGUCUACAAUGAAGCCAUGCUUAUGGCUGCGGCCGACCAGAUUCGUAGCAUUGAGCAAGUCUUGGAAAGCAUUCCGCCUGAUGUUCUAGCUAGACGUUCGCUUGAGUGCAAGUCUUAUGCACGAGCACUCUUCCAUUGGGAACAGCAUAUACGCAAAUCAAAAUCUGACAAUGUUGAAGCUGAAUUGCAGCGCCUACAAGACAUCUACGCACAAAUCGAUGAACCCGAUGGCAUCGAAGGGAUCUCUUCUCGUAUGCAUGUUCUUGAUAUUGAGCAACAAGUAUUGGAACAUCGAGCUGCAGGCCGUUGGACAGCUGCACAAAGUUGGUAUGAAAUGCAGUUGGUGGCCCAACCUGAUGACAUCGAUGUGCAGAAGAACUUGAUGAUCUGUUUAAAGGAAUCUGGACAGUAUGAUGUUCUCCUGCACCACUUUGAUGGAAUUCAGAGCCGAGGCAAUACUCCAGCCCUCUUGACCUCGUACGCAAUGGAAGCUGCUUGGUCGACCAACAGAUUCACACAGCUCUUCAGCUAUUUGCCUGACAGCGGUGGCUCUGAUUUUGCGUCGCAUGUCACGGAAAUUAUGCGCACCAUUAAUGAAAACAACGACUCGAGAGUACCUGCGAUGAUUGAAGAGCUCUAUCGUACAACCGCAUCAGAGUUCACGCCAAGCACUAUUGCUUCGUUUCAUGCAGGACAUGACACAUUAUUGAAGCUACACGUCCUGAACGAUAUUGAGCUCAUAGCCUCUGCUUCGGUAGAGGAUCGAAUGCCUAUGUUUGAAGCCCUGCGGGGACGUCUUGACGUGCUAGGGUCUAACGUUGCAGACAAGCAAUAUCUCCUUGGAGUCCGACGAGCAAUCAUGUCACUUCGUUCGAACCUUUUCAGUUCAAACGAUAUUGCAGGUACUUGGCUCUCGAGCGCCAGGCUGGCAAGAAAGGCGAGGUCAACAACUCAAGCUUUCAAUGCGGUCUUGAAAGCGUCCGCCUUGGGUGAUAAAUCAGCCGCGAUCGAACACGCCAAACUGAUAUGGUCAGAAGGACAUCAUCGAAAGGCCAUCCAGAGUCUAGAAGGUGCGAUUGAAUCGGGCGCGUUUGUUGCUCAUGACUACGUUGCCGAGAGGGGAACAGUUACCAUGACGGUGGAUCAGCGGCAUUCCCAGAACGAAGUCACAGCUAAAGCGAACGUAUUACUCGGGAAAUGGCUUGACAGGUCUGGUCAAACGCAGUCCGAUAUCAUCAUCAAAACAUUCCGCAAGGCUACUUUGAGUUUUCGCAAAUGGGAAAAAGGAUGGUAUCAUUUAGGCCGGUACUACAACAGAAUCCUGGACUCUGAGAAGACAAAUCUACCGGGGAAGGAAAGCCUGGCAUUCUUAACGGGCGAAGCGACAAAACUAGUGAUUGACAAUUAUCUGCGAUCACUCUUGAAUGGUAGCAAAUAUGUCUUUCAGACGCUACCAAAGAUCCUUACUCUCUGGCUUGAACUUGUCGAUGGUGCGGCAAUUACACCAGACCCACGCAGAGGAAAUUCAGAGUUUCAUGCACAUAAUGCAGCGCAGAGAAAGCGUGUCAUAGAAGAGACGAACAAACAAAUCAUCAAGUACAUGGAUCGACUACAGGCCGCUCUUCUCUAUACAAUCUUGCCACAAGUGGUGGCACGAAUCUGCCACAAAAACAAGACAGUUUCUGACAUUCUUGGGAGUAUUGUGGUUAAAGUGGUUCAAGCCUUCCCACAGCAAGCAUAUUGGACGCUCUUGGCGGUUGUUGAAUCGCAACAAAAGGAGCGUGCAGUGAAAGGACUUGCUCUAGUCAACAAAAUUGUUGAGGCUCAGAAGAAGUCCUCGAAGAUGACCUCAGCAGCUGAACUGAGGAACCUCUUCACGACAGGUCAAAAGCUCAACAAAGAACUUAUUCGUAUUUCCGAUUUCCCGAUUGAAGGGCGAGUCUCAAAGGUGAGCCUAUCUAAGGAUCUAGGAUUCAACCAUAAAAUUGCGCCCUCGAAAUUGGUCGUCCCGAUUCAAGCAUGCUUGAUACCAAGCAUGCCUACAAGCUUUGAACCUGCACAGCUGAAAGCAUUUCGGCCCUUCGCCAAAGAGCCUGUCACGGUCUCCGCAUUCAUCGACGACGCGGCUGUUCUUUCCUCCCUUCAGAAACCUCGCAAGCUCACCAUUCGUGGAUCCGACGGUGAGAUAUAUAGCGUCCUUGCCAAGCCCAAGGAUGACCUGCGUAAAGAUCAACGCUUGAUGGAGUUCAACACGAUGAUCAACCGUUCCCUCAAACGGGAUGUCGAUGCCGCAAAACGUCGACUCUACAUUCGCACGUACGCAGUCGUUCCGCUAAACGAAGAAUGUGGAUUAAUCGAAUGGGUCGACAAUCUGAAGACAUUCCGAGACAUAAUACUCAAGCUCUACAAAGACAAAUCCAUCCAGCCCAAUUACGUCGAGAUCCGCAACCUCCUGGACGAAUCCUGCUCGGGCGACCCAGAGAAAGUGCAAAUCUUCAGCACCAAAGUCCUGUCUAAUUUCCCCCCAGUGUUCCAUGAAUGGUUCGUCGAGUCUUUCCCAGACCCGAGUGCCUGGUUCAACGCACGAUUGCGCUACACGCGGUCCGCGGCCGUGAUGUCGAUUGUCGGACACGUGCUCGGGCUAGGCGACCGACACGGCGAGAACAUCCUCUUCGAAGAAGAUAACGGCGGCACCCUGCACGUCGACUUCAAUUGCCUGUUCGACAAAGGCCUGACGUUCGAAAAGCCCGAGACCGUUCCCUUCCGCCUCACCCAUAACAUGAUCGACGCCAUGGGCGCGUACGGCUAUGAAGGUCCCUUCCGUCGCACCUGCGAGAUCACACUCACGCUGCUCCGCAGUAAUCAGGAUGCAUUGAUGACAAUCCUCGAGACUUUCCUGCAUGAUCCCACGACCGACUUCAUCAACGGGCCUGGGCGGAAGAAGAAGAGCGUCAAUGGUGUGCCGAACACGCCGGUUGAGGUUCUAGAAGGUGUGAGGAGUAAGGUUAGAGGUAUGCUUGCCGGAGAGAGUGUGCCGUUGAGUGUGGGCGGAUAUGUGGACGAGAUGAUUCAGCGCGCUACGGAUGAGAAGAAUCUCUGUCGUAUGUAUAUUGGGUGGUGUGCAUUCUUUUGA